AUGGUAUUAAAAAGUAAUUUGAAAGACUUGAAAAAGAAAAUCAAAGAAUUAGAGAAAGCAGAUGAGGACAAUCAAUUGACUCUCAACUUUGUAUGGAAUGAAAUAGGUUGUAAGGAUUUGGAUAAUUUAAAAGAACUACUUGCAGGGCAGAAACUUUCUGAGAUAUUAACCGAAUUACACGAUCGAACACAAGAAGUUAAAAACUCAAAUAAUGAGUUAAUAACGAAAGAAGAAGAAAUGUUUAAGUUAGAUUCCCAAUUACAAUGUUUAGUAGAAAAGGUAAAUGAGCUUGGAGAGACAAACAAUGAAAAUAUUAAUAGUAUUAAAAAAAAGAUUAAAGAACAAGAAAACGAAAUUAAAGCCAAGCAAGAAACUAUUAGAUAUUUGGAAGAAAUGUCUAAAGAACGCGAAAAAGAAGUCAUAAUUAUGCAAGAACUUAUUAUUGAAUUUGGAGAUAAUGUUAAGGAGCAAGAAGAAAAGUUGAAAGUCAAACAAAAAAUUAUUGAUGAUUAUAAUGAGGGUGAUUUAAAGCUAAUACAAAUACAGGAAGAGCAGGAAUUUGUAAAUAAAGAGAAAUUUCUGUAUCAAUUGGGAAUAUAG